CUAGGCUAACACAUCUUUACUUGGAUGGUUGCAAAGACCUCCAAUCAAUACCAAAUAUUCCAUCCAAAGUUGAAUUUAUAUGCCUAGACAAUUGUACCUCACUGGGGAGAUUGCCAGGAUCACCAAAUCAUUUCCACUAGUCAUCUUAUAGGAAUUUCACUGUCCAGUGUUUCAACUGCUUCGAAUUGGCUAACAAUAUUCAAAACUUAAGUAACAUGUUUCAGGGACAAAGUAGUCAACAAGUUCCAAAAGGUUAUAUUAUUCCUGGAAGGGAAAUUCCGAAGUGGUUUGAAAAAGCAAACAUAUCUGAUACUUUAGUGGCCUCUCGUUAUUAUUCAUCUGUGGGACCCACUAUAAUAAAAAAAGUGAAGAUACAAUUGCCUGGGUCUGGGUCUGGGUCAGGGUGUGAUGAGUGGUGGGGAAUUGUUUUGUGCUUUGUUUUUAAACCCACCGAGGAGCGUAAUCAUGAUUACCAACUGGACUAUCUCUUUGAAGUGGAUGAAUGCCUAAUGACUUAUUACGCAUUUGGACUUGGAGACCCUACUUUUUUUAUUAAAAUUAUGGCAGAAUAUGGAGGGGAAUGGUCUCGUACAUAUUAUACGUCAGAAUAUGUUAAAGUGGAAUCGCAUCAUCUUUGGCUGCAUAGUCUGGAUUUUCGUUGCUAA